AUGCGCCAGAUGAGAGACAGGCUUCAUGACCAGCUUGCGAAGCGUUUGGGCUCAAGGGCCCAUUUGAUGAGGCGAAAUGGUCCGAGUGAGGCAAGAUUGCCGAAUACGCUCUCGGCUUCCUUUUACAAGGUGGAAGCAAACACGCUGCUGUCGGAGGUCGGCGAUGAUGUUGCCGCUUCUGCCGGAGCAGCAUGCCACAGCGAUGAGGUGCACAUGUCCCACGUUCUGGAGGCCAUGGGGGUGAGCAAGGAGUGGGCCAUGGGAACCUGCCGCUUCACUGUUGGCAGAGAGACAACGCCUGCGGAGAUCGACCGGGCUGCUUUGACUAUCGCGUCCGCGGUGUGCAGGCUCAUGCCGUCGGAGAAUGCGGCCGAGGCCCAAGAUGAUGUUGACAGAGACUUGGAGGAGAUGGACCCGUCCUCCGUGAAGCUCACGCGGUUUACCCACGGCAUGGGCUGCGCCUGCAAACUUCGACCGCAGGUUUUGGAGCAAGUCUUAGAGCGACUGCGAGCCUGUGGAGCCGGUGGCCUCGAGGAUCCAAACGUAUUUGCUGGCCUUGGUAAAUCGAACGAGGACGCGUGCGUUUACAAGGUCAGCGAUGACAUUGCCGUCGUUGGCACUCUGGACUUCUUUACGCCCAUUGUGGACGAGCCCGAGGUCUUCGGCGGCAUCGCCGCGGCCAAUGCCCUUUCAGAUGUGUACGCCAUGGGUGCCAAGCCCAUCUUCGCUCUGAAUAUUGUCGGCUUUCCGUCGAAUCGGCUUCCACCCUCCGUUCUGGCAAGGAUUCUGAAAGGAGGUCAGGAGAAGUGUGCGGAGGCUGGCGUGGCUAUCCUCGGCGGCCACACUGUCGAGGACCUGGAACCCAAGUAUGGGCUUGCUGUAAUUGGUGUUGUGCAUCCAGACAAGGUGUGGCGGAACAACUCGCUACAAGCUGGAGACCGCCUCAUCCUGACUAAGCCGAUUGGCACGGGGAUUCUGGGGACGGCACAGAAAAAAGGAAUCUUGAGUGACGAAGCUCGAGAUUGUCUUCAGAAGACUUUGUUGCAGCUGAAUCGGUCCGCAGCGGAAGUUGCGCGAGCAACAACGCAGGUACAUGCUGCCACAGAUGUCACAGGCUUUGGCUUGCUUGGCCAUCUCCGCGAGAUGUUGACUUCCGAUGACGACAGCGUCGAGCCGCCCGCCAAAAAGGCCCGGGUCACAAGCGGCCCGAGCGAAAAACUUGGAGCUGUGCUUUCAGCUGGGGCUGUGCCGCUUCUUCCUCAGGCGAAGGAGCUGGCAGUGGACGAGCAAUGUGUUCCUGGUGGUUCGGUGAACAAUCUGAAGCUGGUUCAGACCGGAGGCCUGACACGCUUCGCGCAGGGUGUGUCUAAGCAGAUGCAGCUGCUGCUUGCAGACGCACAGACAUCAGGUGGUCUGCUGCUGGCGGUUCCGCAGGCAGACUCGGAAAAAGUUGUGGCCGCCCUCCGCCAGGCCGGUUUGUUAAGCACGUCGUCCAUCGGCGAGAUUCGACGUUUGACAGAACCCAGCGCCCCUUUGAUACAGGUGGAACGAUGA